UUUAAGGAAAAAGAAUCACGUCCGUAAAUAACGGUCACGUGGUCUGGCCGUAGCCUAGGAGACGCCCUGUUUACUUCCGGGUUGAAAGCUGCCGCGGCACCAACACGCCCACGACGCGGAGCAAAGCGGAUUAAAGUCCCGCAGAGAUGGCAGGGGAGGCGGAAGAGGAGAUCCCAGAAUCUGGAGCUGUUUUUACUUUUGGAAAAAGCAAAUUUGCUGAAAAUAUCCCCAGUAAAUUUUGGUUGAAAAACGACGUGCCUCUGAAAAUCGCCUGUGGGGACGAGCACACAGCCUUAAUCACCGAAAAUGGGAAACUCUUCAUGUUUGGCAGCAACAACUGGGGCCAACUGGGUUUGGGAUCCAAAGUGACGGUAAACAAGCCCACCUGUGUCAAAGCUCUGAAGUCGCAGAAGGUGACGCUGGUGUCCUGUGGGAGGAACCACACACUCAUCUGUACAGCUCAGGGGAACGUGUUUGCCGCCGGUGGAAACAGUGAAGGUCAGCUGGGACUGGGAGACUGCGAGGAGAGGACGUCCUUUCACAGGAUCCGUUUCUUCGACUCGCACGGACCAAUCAGAAUGCUCUCUGCCGGCUCCAACACCUCGGCCGCUCUCACAGACAGCGGUAAACUGUUCAUGUGGGGGGACAACGGCGAGGGGCAGAUCGGCCUGGGGAAGGAAAGCCACGCCUCUUCACCGCAGGAAGUGGGCGUGGGACGGCCAAUCAGCUGGGUUUCCUGUGGAUACUACCAUUCUGCCUUAGUGACAGUGGACGGAGCUCUGUACACGUUUGGUGAGCGCGACAGCGGUAAACUGGGUCUGAGCACCGACCAGCUGACCGGACACCGAGUCCCACAGAAGGUCAAGACCAUCGGCCGACCGGUCAGCCAGGUGGCCUGUGGAGGAGGACACACGGUGGUGCUAACAGACGACGGCGUCUACACGUUCGGCCUGGGUCAGUACGGUCAGCUGGGACACGGGACCUUCAUCUUCGAGUCGCGGAUUCCUCGUCAGGUCGAACACUUCCAGAAGGGUCGAGUGUGUCGGGUGGACUGUGGGGAAAACCACACGGCCGUCGUCACCGACAGCGGUUUACUGUACACGUUCGGUGACGGUCGACAUGGAAAACUGGGCCUGGGGGAGGAAAACUUCACCAACCAGUUCAAACCCACACUGUGUCCACGCUUCCUCCAGUACCACGUUCAGGCAGCGACCUGUGGAGGCUGCCACAUGGUGGGCAUGGUGGGCGGAGCUGUCUGUACAGGAGGAGUUUUCCACCUCCAGGCCUGGUGGGCGGAGCUGUCUGUACAGGAGGAGUUUCCACCUCCGGGCCUGGUGGGCGGAGCUGUCUGUACAGGAGGAGGUUUCACCUCCGGCCUGGUGGGCGGAGCUGUCUGUACAGGAGGAGUUUCCACCUCCGGGCCUGGUGGGCGGAGCUGUCUGUACAGGAGGAGUUUCCACCUCCGGGCCUGGUGGGCGGAGCUGUCUGUACAGGAGGAGUUUCCACCUCCGGGCCUGGUGGGCGGAGCUGUCUGUACAGGAGGAGUUUCCACCUCCGGGCCUGGUGGGCGGAGCUGUCUGUACAGGAGGAGUUUCACUCCGGGCCUGUGGGCGGAGCUGUCUGUACAGGAGGAGUUUCCACCUCGGGCCGGGUGGGCGGGCGGGUGUCUGUACAGGAGGAGUUUCCACCUCCAGGCCUGGUGGGGGAGCUGUCUGUACAGGAGGAGUUUCCACCUCCAGGCCUGGUGGGCGGAGCUGUCUGUACAGGAGGAGUUUCCACCUCCGGGCCUGGUGGGCGGAGCUGUCUGUACAGGAGGAGUUUCCACCUCGGGCCUGGUGGGCGGAGCUGUCUGUACAGGAGGAGUUUCCACUCCAGGCCUGGUGGGCGGAGCUGUCUGUACAGGAGGAGUUUCCACCUCCGGGCCUGGUGGGCGGAGCUGUCUGUACAGGAGGAGUUUCCACCUCCGGGCCUGGGGCGGAGCUGUCUGUACAGGAGGCGUUUCCACCUCCAGGCCUGGGGGCGGAGCUGCCCUCAGAUGUGUGCGCAGCAGCCACAUGGGCCACACCCAACGCCUUUACCAGGUUUUAUAG